CUCGCCUCCGCGGAACGCACAACGAAGCAAUCGCUUUUCACGGUGGAACUUCCCAUUCACAAAUAAACGUUCCUCCAGUGCGUGAACUCCGCCUGUUUUGGCCACGAUUUGCCUGCCCGAAGUUGUUUUCACUGUUGUGUGUCGUAUUCCACGCCACGGUUCCCUGUUCGGACGCCAAUUAAUAGAGCAAAAUGCCUACUCCAGCUAGCGCUACGUCCGUCGGCAGCGGUAGCCGAUCGCCGUCAAAACCGACCGCUCCGCGUGCGGCCGCAGGCGGUGCCAGCAAUCUGAAGCAACGUAAAACGACCACGACCACCACCGCUGCCCGGAAUCGCACGACAGGCACCGGAUCCGGUGGUAUGUGGCGCUUCUACACUGACGAUUCCCCCGGCAUCAAGGUUGGUCCCGUUCCGGUGCUCGUGAUGUCGCUGCUGUUCAUUGCCUCCGUGUUCAUGCUGCACAUCUGGGGCAAAUACACGCGCUCGUAAAAGGCUACUCGCGUCACCGCCCGAGUGGCACGGGAUUUCCAUCCGCUUUUCGUUAUAUUUUCCGUUCUUCAAUCGUCAUCGUCUGAGUUGAAAGUGCAUUCUGUUUUUUUUUGUUUUAUACCAAUACCUUCUGUCUCACUCCGCACUGCCCCACGGCGCACUCCGAGACUGAUGGUGCGAGCGAAAGUUGAGGAACUUUCCUGUCGGAGUGUAGUGGUGGCUACAUGAAUGAGCGACCUAUGGCGAUCGCUCGAUCUUCCGAAAGACGUAGAUCCUUUGCGGACGCCGGAUCGGAGAAUAUGACUGUGUCUUAUGUUCUACCGAUAC